AUGAACUCCAAUUUGCAAUCGAAUCCUACAUCAUCGCAGCUCUUCACCUCCAUUGACAUGGGGACAAACUCUUUCAAGCUUCUUAUAGUCCACGCAGAUCCUCCCGGAAGAUCUUUCGUCCCCGUCGAGAGACUCAAAGAGCCAGUUGUAUUGUCUCGCGAAUCCGCAAUCUCAAUUUCGUCUCAGUCCCAGGUUCGCGCGCUCCAGUCUCUACAGAAAUUCAAAAGCUUGAUCCUCUCGCACAACGUCUCCUGCGACCGGAUCCGGUGCGUCGCCACGGAAGCCCUGCGGCAGGCGGAGAAUCAGAAACAGUUCGUGGAGACGGUGUACGAGGAUCUCGGCCUCCGGGUCGAUGUGCUCUCUGGUGAAGAGGAAGCGAGGCUGGUUUAUCUAGGCGUGCUUCAGUUUCUACCGGUGUUUGAGAAAUCUGUCCUGUGUAUCGACAUAGGAGGUGGUUCUACUGAAUUCGUGGUGGGUAAGCGUGGUGAUGUGAAGCUUGCUGUGUCUUUGAAGCUAGGUCAUGUGAAUUUGACACAAAUGUUCAUGAAAAAUGGUGUUGAAUUGACGAAAAUGAGAGACUUUAUCCGUCACGCGAUUGAUGAGUCUCGGUUAGCAGAUAAAUUGAAGGAAUCCGAUGGCUUUGAGGUGGUCGUGGGAUCGUCGGGAACCAUACGAGCUAUUGAGAAUGCUCUUUUCAGUGGCUAUGGAACGGACUUGUAUCAAUUCAAUCUGGAGGGGUAUAAGAGGGAUUGGAGAUUUGGUAGAAGAGAAUUGAGCGGUGUUGUAGAGAAGCUAUGCAAUGAAGGAGAUGAAGAGCAGAUCCGGAGAGAAGGAUUUUUCAAGAGAAGGUCAGAGUUCAUUGUUGCUGGAGCUGUAUUGUUGGAGGAAAUAUUCAAGGCUCUGGGUAUCGAGGAAAUGGAGGUCUCAGAGUAUGCAUUAGCAGAAGGUGUGAUUGCUGAUUCUCUGGCCAAAGCUUUUGAGGGUUCGUAUGAUUUGAAUGCCAAUGCAAGGUGGCGAUCAGUCAUGAGGCUCGCCACGAGACUCAAUGGGAAAAAGCGAAUGAAUCAUGCGGUACAUUGUGCCAACAUCGCCAAGGAAAUCUUUGUAGGUUUGAGGAAGUGCAAUGAUUUUAGCGUCAUCUUAGACGAUAAGGAUCUUGAGUAUCUUGAAGCUGCUUGUUUCUUACACAAUAUCGGAAUCAUCACAGGGAAAAAGGGAUAUCAUAAGCAGUCUUAUCAUAUCAUCAAGAAUGGGGAUCAUCUCCAUAGCUACACUGUUGAGGAAGUCGAGCUUAUAGCAAUGCUUACGAGAUACCAAAGAAAGAAGUUUCCCAAGCUUGAUCGUGCACCUGUUAAGAACUUCACUGUGGAGACAAGGCGAAAGUUCAUAAUUAUGUGUUUGAUUAUACGAUUAUCUGUUAUACUUCAACGAAGCGAGAAAUUGGAUCUCCAAGAAGUUGAAUUUCUUGAACCUUCUGAGAGCUUUAAACUUGUGCUUAAAGAACGAAACCAGGAACCCUUAGUGAAUGGUUCUCAUGAUCAAGUAAAGAAAAAGCCGGAUGCAUUACUACUGGAGCAAGAAAUUGCGCAUUUCAAAAGGCUAUUCAAAAAGGAAAUGUUGGUUGUUUUUCCUUCCUGA